UCGGUAGCACCAGAUAGCAUCGGAACCAGCCGUCACUACCAGCGGUCGCGGUAAACAACAUCUCACACCCAAUCGAACGCUUUGCCCGGCCCAAAAAUGGUGCACUUUUGUAAACUGUGCCAAUUGCUGCACAAAAAUAUGGAUUUCAUACAGUGCGAUGAGACGAACGCUUGGCUUCUGGAAACGGUGUUUGCAGUGAAAAUUACACCGGUUAAUGGGAGGGUCGAACCUAUCUGCCAAAAAUGCAUUCGCAAGUACAACAAGGUGAUGAAGGAUCUGAAGAAGUCGAACGGUGGCUACCCAGUUUCGCGGCAAAGUUUCGCCGAGCACAAAGUACUCUCCAAUGGAAUCGAAUCAGAUUCGUGCAGCGCGCACGUUGAACAGCAGCAGCCGGCGCCAGGUCUUCUGGUGAACCACACGAUGCGUUCGUCAGACUCAAACCAGUACUUGGUGGACGAAGAAAGCAAGGAGAUCAUGUUUACAGGGACAUUCGAAAGCAAUGUGAAUCACAUGGAAAACAAGGGCUUCUCACUGAACAUUAGUGGCGAUGCCGCGACCGUGUACCGAACGACGUUGGGCGAUACUCACGAAUCGUCGGAGGAUGAUAGUUCCGAUGAAAAAAGCAGUGUGGCGGACGAAGAAGAUGAUGAGGAGGAAACUAGCGACGAAUCGAGUGAAGAAGAUGAUGACGGGGACGAUGACGAUUGCUGCAUCACUGAUGAUACAGAUGAAACCAGCUCGAGCUGCAGUAGCAGCAGCAGCAGUGAAGAUAGUUCUUCCGAAACUGCGACCAGCCUCAAGAUGGAGGACCACAACAUCGUACGACCACCGAACGUCGUAAACGAAGAAGCUACCGCCCUGUACAGCUCGUACCUGGAAGCACCAUUGUUGCAAAACCUUCCCGAAGGCAGUCUUCUACAGUCCGCUGAAGCUGAUGAGGCGCACGAUGUGAAUACCGACGAAGUGGCAAAUUCGCAAGAGAAACCGGUCGAAGGAGACGACUUGGAACCCUUGCAGUUGGCUGAACCGUUAGCUGAAAUCGAAGAAAAUCCGGUCACGAAGGUAGACGCACCAAAGAAACCGAGAAAGCGUAAGAAAGCUCGUAUCCAAAGCACAGCGACGGACCUCCCGGUGAAGAACUACGAGUGCCUCGUGUGCGAAAAGCGGUUUUCAAAGGCGAUCUACUUAAAGGUGCACACACGAACACACACGGGUGAAAAGCCGUAUGCAUGCGAUAUCUGCUUCAAGAGCUUCACGCAGGCAUCCAGCCUGAACACGCACAAGCGCCUGCAUUUCAAUGUGAAACCAUUUGAGUGUGAAAUAUGUAAACAGCAGUACACCAGUGCGGGCAACUACAAAGUUCAUCUCAGGACACACACGCAGGAAAAGCCUUAUGCCUGCAGCUACUGCGAUAAGCGAUUCAGUCAGCAUUCGAGCAAGAAGAUGCAUGAACGUGUGCACAGUCAAGAGAAGCCGUACCCGUGCCAGGUGUGUCUGAAAGCAUUUAGCAACGUGAGCAAUCUGACUGUCCACAUGCGCAUCCACCAGGGCUUGAAACCGUACAAAUGUGAUAAGUGUGAUAAAAGCUUCGCCCAGUCGCAAACGCUGAAGACGCACUACAUCUCGGCGCACACCGAUGUACGCCCGUUCCAGUGUGAUCGCUGUCCAAAGUCGUACGCAACGCUUUCCAAUCUCAAUAACCAUAAACACACACACUUGGAUGAAAAACCCUUCGCUUGCGAGGCAUGUGGAAAACGGUUCACUCAAAAAUCCUCUCUUAAGACACAUUUACUGUCCCACAGCACGGAGCGCCCGUUUCCGUGCGACGACUGCACAAAGUCCUUCAACACCCAGUCGAUGCUGAAUACGCACCGGCGCAACAUGCACUGUACCGAGCGGCCGUAUAGCUGCCCGAAAUGCAGCAAAUCUUACGCACAGGAAACGAGACUGCGGCAGCAUAUGUUCAGCCACGAGGAGAUCAAGCCACACGCGUGCCAGCAGUGCGAUAAAACGUUCACCACGGCUACCAAUCUUCGAAUUCACCAACGCGUUCACUCAGGCGAGAAGCCCUAUCCGUGUCCAACGUGCGGAAAAUGCUUUUCGCAACGAUCAUCCCUGCGCACCCACGAAAUUCUUCAUCUGGCUCCCGAACUGCGUCCGGAUGCGACAAAUACGUGUGUGCCGGCGACUGACGGGCAGCCCGGGCAAAUGACGGAAGCUGGCAAGAAGAGACGUAGCAAAAAGCUCGAAUGUAGCCCGUGCGGAAAGAUCUUCACGGUGCGUAGUCGAUAUCGGAAUCACAUGAAACAGGUGCACCAACGAGUGGACAACGAGGGCGACGAGCGGGGGGCGACGAAAAACAUGAAUGGAUACGCGUAUAACGAGGCGCAGGCUAACGCUAACGGCUUCGAUCGUAAUGCAGGGAUGGCAAUAAGUGCACAAAAUAAUGUGGGCGAGUGCAAUGAAUUGUUUGUGGCAUCCGGUUCCGCUGAAACGUACAUCAUCGAUCACAACAUAUCGGAGCUUACUCCUGAAGCAACAGCAUCCGCAGCAGAAGCAACCGAUGACGACGACGAAAAUGAGGAAAUUGACGACGAGGAAAAUGAAUCGGACAACGAAGAGAAAGUAAAAGCGAACGAUUCAUUGCCCGAACAGUUUUACUGCGGUCGAAUGCUGUCAGAACAGAACUAACUAAUCCGCUAAUUGUAUGUGUCGCUGUUUGUUUAAUGGAAUAAUCAACAACAAAUGUCGAAAUCGGAAGAUCUCUUAGCAAUCGAUAAGCAGAGUUGUUUUAGUGUUGGAACGGAAGGCAUUACAAAUGUAUUUACCGGUACGGAGCACUGCAGUUCUUAAGGCUGAGACCAUCCUUAGUCAAUCACAAAUCUGGUAGCAGAUCAUCGAUCGCGGUCAACUUUGUCUGUGCAGAGUUUUUCUCGAGUCGAUCAAACAUCG